CUUCCAUAAAAGUCUCACCAUGCCUGGCAGAGCCCUAUUCACCUUCGCUAUGAGGGGGAUCAUACUGGCAUUAGUGCUCACCCUUGUAGGCAGCCAGAAGUUUGACAUUGACCCAGGAUUCAAUAGCAGAAGGAGUUACCUGUACAACUAUGAAGGUUCUAUGUUGAAUGGGCUUCAAGACAGAAGUUUGGGCAAAGCUGGUGUGCGCUUGAGCAGCAAGCUAGAGAUCAGUGGGCUACCAGAGAAUGCUUACCUCCUCAAGGUCCGCUCUCCACAAGUGGAGGAGUACAAUGGGGUCUGGCCCAGGGAUCCCUUCACUCGAUCUUCCAAAAUCACCCAAGUGAUCUCAUCGUGUUUCACCCGGCUCUUCAAAUUUGAAUACAGCAGUGGACGGAUCGGAAACAUUUAUGCCCCAGAAGACUGCCCAGAUCUGUGUGUUAACAUAGUGAGAGGAAUAUUGAACAUGUUCCAGAUGACCAUUAAAAAAUCACAGAACGUCUACGAAUUACAAGAGGCUGGAAUUGGAGGUAUUUGUCAUGCAAGGUAUGUCAUUCAGGAAGACAGGAAGAAUAGCCGAAUCUAUGUUACCAGAACUGUGGACUUGAAUAAUUGCCAGGAAAAGGUGCAAAAAAGCAUUGGAAUGGCUUACAUCUAUCCCUGCCCUGUGGACGUGAUGAAAGAAAGGCUCACCAAAGGGACCACCGCUUUCUCCUACAAGCUGAAGCAGUCAGACAGCGGCACGCUGAUCACAGAUGUCUCGUCGCGGCAGGUGUAUCAGAUCUCCCCAUUCAAUGAGCCCACUGGGGUGGCUGUCAUGGAAGCAAGACAGCAGCUCACUUUGGUCGAGGUGAGAAGUGAGCGGGGCAGUGCCCCGGAUGUCCCCAUGCAGAACUAUGGCAGCCUUCGCUACCGCUUCCCAGCCGUACUGCCACAGAUGCCACUUCAGCUGAUCAAGACAAAAAACCCUGAGCAACGGAUAAUAGAAACGCUGCAGCACAUAGUCCUGAAUAACCAACAAGAUUUCCAUGACGAUGUUUCAUACAGAUUCUUAGAGGUGGUCCAGCUUUGCCGGAUAGCAAAUGCUGACAAUCUUGAGUCUAUCUGGAGACAAGUUUCAGAUAAACCUCGUUACAGGCGAUGGCUCCUGAGCGCAGUUUCUGCGAGUGGCACCACAGAAACACUAAAAUUCCUUAAGAACAGAAUUCGCAAUGAUGACCUCAACUACAUUCAGACCCUUCUAACUGUUUCUUUGACUCUUCAUUUAUUGCAAGCUGAUGAACACACACUUCCAAUAGCAGCAGAUUUAAUGACCAGCUCUCGAAUUCAGAAAAAUCCUGUGCUUCAGCAAGUGGCCUGCUUGGGAUAUAGCUCUGUAGUCAACAGAUACUGCUCUCAGACCUCAGCAUGUCCUAAGGAAGCUCUUCAGCCCAUCCAUGACCUGGCAGAUGAAGCAAUCAGCAGGGGCCGUGAAGACAAAAUGAAAUUAGCUCUAAAGUGCAUUGGUAACAUGGGAGAACCAGCCAGCUUAAAGCGCAUCCUGAAGUUCCUUCCAAUAUCUUCAUCCAGUGCUGCUGAUAUCCCAGUCCACAUUCAGAUAGAUGCCAUAACGGCCUUGAAAAAGAUAGCUUGGAAGGACCCCAAAACAGUGCAGGGCUAUCUCAUCCAGAUCCUUGCAGACCAAUCACUUCCCCCUGAGGUGCGAAUGAUGGCUUGUGCUGUUAUCUUUGAGACAAGGCCUGCCCUUGCUUUGAUAACGACUAUAGCUAACGUGGCAAUGAAGGAGAGCAAUAUGCAAGUGGCCAGUUUUGUAUAUUCCCACAUGAAGUCUUUGUCAAAGAGCAGAUUGCCAUUUAUGUACAACAUAUCUUCAGCUUGUAACAUUGCCCUUAAGCUCCUGUCCCCCAAACUGGACAGUAUGAGCUAUCGGUACAGCAAGGUCAUUCGAGCAGACACUUACUUUGAUAACUAUAGAGUUGGUGCUACUGGAGAAAUCUUUGUUGUGAACAGCCCAAGAACUAUGUUCCCAUCAGCAAUAAUUUCCAAAUUGAUGGCAAAUUCUGCAGGUUCAGUGGCUGAUCUGGUAGAGGUUGGCAUCCGAGUGGAAGGCCUCGCAGAUGUCAUAAUGAAAAGAAACAUCCCAUUUGCUGAAUAUCCCACAUACAAGCAGAUAAAGGAGCUUGGAAAAGCUCUGCAGGGAUGGAAAGAGCUGCCGACAGAAACCCCUUUGGUAUCAGCCUACUUGAAAAUACUUGGCCAAGAAGUGGCCUUCAUCAACAUCAACAAGGAACUCCUGCAACAGGUCAUGAAGACUGUAGUGGAACCUGCUGAUCGAAACGCAGCAAUAAAGAGAAUCGCCAACCAGAUCCGCAACAGCAUUGCAGGGCAGUGGACGCAGCCGGUGUGGAUGGGAGAGCUGCGAUACGUGGUUCCCAGCUGUCUCGGCCUGCCGCUGGAGUACGGGUCCUACACCACCGCCCUGGCACGAGCUGCAGUCAGCGUUGAGGGAAAGAUGACGCCGCCUUUAACCGGAGAUUUCAGACUUUCUCAGUUGCUUGAAUCCACCAUGCAGAUUCGGUCUGACUUAAAGCCCAGUUUAUAUGUGCAUACAGUUGCAACGAUGGGUGUCAACACAGAAUACUUUCAACAUGCUGUUGAAAUUCAAGGCGAGGUCCAGACAAGAAUGCCAAUGAAGUUUGAUGCCAAGAUAGAUGUGAAAUUGAAAAACCUUAAGAUUGAAACGAACCCAUGCCGUGAGGAAACUGAGAUAGUGGUUGGAAGACAUAAGGCUUUUGCUGUAUCAAGGAACAUAGGAGAACUAGGUGUUGAAAAGAGGACCUCAAUUCUGCCGGAAGAUGCUCCAUUAGAUGUUACAGAAGAACCUUUCCAAACAUCAGAGAGAGCUUCCAGGGAACACUUCGCAAUGCAAGGGCCUGACAGCAUGCCAAGGAAACAGUCCCAUAGUUCUCGAGAAGAUCUUCGCCGUAGCACAGGAAAAAGAGCACAUAAACGAGACAUUUGCCUCAAAAUGCAUCAUAUUGGUUGCCAGCUUUGCUUUUCCAGAAGGUCAAGAGAUGCCAGUUUCAUACAGAAUACGUAUUUGCACAAAUUAAUUGGAGAACAUGAAGCUAAAAUAGUUUUGAUGCCAGUUCAUACAGAUGCUGAUAUUGACAAAAUUCAGCUGGAGAUUCAGGCAGGAUCUAGAGCAGCUGCCAGAAUAAUUACUGAGGUAAACCCAGAAUCUGAGGAAGAGGAUGAAUCAUCUCCAUAUGAGGACAUUCAAGCUAAACUGAAGAGGAUUCUAGGCAUUGACAGUAUGUUCAAGGUUGCAAACAAAACACGGCACCCGAAAAAUCGACCAUCUAAGAAAGGAAACACUGUGCUAGCAGAGUUUGGGACAGAGCCUGAUGCAAAAACUUCCUCCAGCUCAUCUUCUGCCUCCUCAACUGCCACCUCUUCUUCCUCAUCAUCUGCCUCCUCUCCUAAUCGUAAAAAGCCUAUGGAUGAAGAGGAGAAUGAUCAAGUAAAGCAAGCAAGAAACAAAGAUGCAAGCAGCAGCAGCAGGAGCAGCAAGAGCAGUAACAGCAGCAAGAGAAGCAGCAGCAAGAGCAGUAACAGCAGCAAGAGAAGCAGCAGCAGCAGUAGCAGUAGCAGUAGCAGCAGCAGUAGCAGCAGCAGGAGCAGCAGCAGUAGCAGCAGCAGUAGCAGUAACAGCAAGAGCAGCAGUAGCAGCAGCAAGAGCAGCAGUAGCAGCAGCAGGAGCAGAAGCAGCAGCAAGAGCAGCAGUAGCAGCAGCAGCAGUAGCAGCAGCAGCAGCAGCAAAAGUAGCAGUAGUAGGAGCAGUAGCAGCAGCAGCAAGUCAAGCAGUCACCAUAGCCAUAGCCAUCAUUCAGGGCAUCUAAAUGGCAGCAGCAGCAGCAGCAGCAGCAGCAGGUCAGUGAGUCACCACAGCCAUGAGCAUCACUCAGGACAUCUGGAAGAUGACAGCAGUAGCAGCAGCAGCAGCAGCGUGCUUUCCAAAAUAUGGGGGCGUCAUGAGAUUUAUCAGUAUCGCUUUAGAUCAGCACACAGACAAGAGUUCCCCAAAAGAAAACUCCCAGGUGACCGCGCUACCAGCAGAUACUCCUCUACCAGAUCCAGCCAUGACACAUCCCGAGCUGCUUCCUGGCCUAAGUUUCUGGGUGACAUCAAAACCCCAGUGUUAGCUGCUUUUCUCCAUGGCAUUAGUAACAAUAAGAAGACAGGAGGCCUCCAGCUUGUGGUAUAUGCUGAUACCGACUCGGUCAGGCCGCGGGUGCAGGUAUUUGUGACAAACCUCACAGAUUCGAGCAAGUGGAAGCUCUGCGCAGAUGCUUCGGUCCGCAAUGCUCACAAGGCAGUGGCCUACGUGAAAUGGGGCUGGGACUGCCGGGACUACAAGGUUUCUACUGAGCUGGUAACUGGGCGGUUUGCUGGGCACCCUGCUGCACAAGUGAAGCUGGAGUGGCCCAAGGUUCCUUCGAAUGUCAGAUCAGUGGUUGAAUGGUUUUACGAGUUUGUCCCUGGGGCUGCAUUUAUGCUGGGUUUCUCUGAGAGAAUGGACAAGAAUCCUUCUCGACAAGCCAGGAUGGUUGUGGCUCUAACUUCUCCGAGGACAUGUGAUGUUGUUGUCAAGCUGCCUGAUAUGAUCCUCUAUCAAAAAGCUGUGAGGCUUCCUCUAUCACUCCCUGUGGGUCCAAGGAUCCCAGCUUCAGAGCUGCAGUCUCCAAUCUGGAACGUCUUUGCUGAAGCCCCCUCUGCCGUGCUCGAGAAUUUGAAAGCUCGCUGCUCAGUUUCGUACAACAAGAUCAAAACCUUUAAUGAAGUCAAGUUCAACUACUCGAUGCCCGCAAACUGCUAUCACAUCUUGGUUCAGGAUUGCAGCUCUGAACUUAAGUUCCUGGUGAUGAUGAAAAGUGCUGGAGAAGCUACAAACCUUAAAGCCAUCAACAUCAAGAUUGGCAGUCAUGAAAUUGAUAUGCAUCCUGUGAAUGGACAGGUGAAACUGCUGGUAGAUGGGGCUGAGAGCCCCACAGCCAACAUUUCCCUCAUAUCUGCUGGUGCUUCUCUGUGGAUUCACAAUGAAAACCAAGGGUUUGCACUUGCUGCCCCAGGCCAUGGUAUCGAUAAAUUGUACUUCGAUGGAAAAACAAUCACGAUUCAAGUUCCUUUAUGGAUGGCAGGGAAAACAUGUGGAAUCUGUGGAAAAUAUGAUGCAGAAUGCGAACAGGAGUAUCGGAUGCCCAAUGGAUAUCUAGCUAAAAAUGCCGUGAGCUUUGGUCAUUCUUGGAUCUUGGAAGAAGCGCCCUGUAGAGGAGCUUGUAAACUGCAUCGUUCAUUCGUGAAGCUUGAGAAGACGGUUCAGCUGGCGGGUGUUGAUUCCAAGUGCUACUCUACAGAGCCUGUGCUGCGCUGUGCAAAGGGAUGCUCUGCUACCAAGACAACUCCAGUAACUGUUGGCUUCCACUGCCUCCCAGCUGAUUCAGCUAACAGCCUGACUGACAAACAGAUGAAGUACGACCAGAAGUCAGAAGACAUGCAGGAUACUGUUGAUGCACACACAGCGUGUUCAUGUGAGAAUGAGGAAUGCAGUACAUGAAGCGGUACGUUGCAGCACUGGAGAAGACAGAAACAUUUUCAUUUUUAUUGUGUGGUGUAAGAAGACACAUCUUAGGAAGCAAUAGAAAUGUUAAAUUAAACACUUAAAGAUGCAUGGAAUUUUCCCAAGUAAUUUAAAGUAUUAAACUUUAUUAUUAUAGAAACUAUUCUAAUUGCCUAUAAUUAUCUGAUUUCCUAAUAAAUACGUGCAUGGAAAAACCGAUGAA